AUGGGGCAAAAGCAUUUGGUGGUGACCUUCUGUUUAUGGGCUUUAACAUGUUCCCUUCUUCCAUCUCUCUCCUUCGGAAUUCUGAGAAUUGGUUUGAAGAAGAGACCUCUAGAUCUUAAUAGUAUUAAUGCUGCUAGAAAGGCAAGAGAAGGUCUAAGAUCUGGAAGACCAAUUAUGGGUGAGCAUAAUCAGUAUAUUGUUAAGUCAAAAGGUGAAGAUAUAGUACCUUUGAAAAAUUAUUUGGAUGCUCAGUAUUUUGGUGAGAUUGGAAUUGGCACACCCCCUCAGACCUUUACUGUUGUGUUUGAUACUGGUAGUUCCAACAUUUGGGUUCCAUCAUCAAACUGCUACUUUUCUCUUGCUUGCUAUACCCAUCAUUGGUACAAGGCAAAGAGAUCCAAAACAUAUGCCAAAAAUGGAACAUCAUGUAAAAUAAACUAUGGAUCUGGAUCGAUAUCUGGUUACUUCAGUCAAGAUAGUGUUAAAGUUGGCAACGCUGUUGUCAAGCAGCAGGAUUUCAUUGAAGCUACCCGAGAGGGAAGUCUUUCCUUUCUGGCAGCAAAGUUCGAUGGAAUACUGGGACUUGGAUUUCAGGAGAUCUCAGUUGCAAAUGCUGUGCCACUAUGGUACAAAAUGGUGGAGCAAAAUCUUGUCACUGAGAAGGUGUUCUCAUUUUGGUUGAAUGGGGAUCCAAAUGCUAAAAAGGGCGGUGAAAUAGUUUUUGGUGGUGUUAACCCAAAGCACUUCAAAGGAGAGCACACUUAUUUUCCAGUUACUGAAAAAGGUUACUGGCAGAUUGAAAUUGGAGGUUUUUACAUUGGAGGUGCUUCAACAGGUGUUUGUGAGGGUGGCUGUGCGGCUAUUGUGGAUUCAGGAACAUCUUUGCUUGCUGGCCCAACUCAUGUUGUGGCUGAAAUCAACCAUGCUAUUGGAGCUGAAGGAGUUCUUAGUGUAGAAUGUAAGGAUGUCGUUUCUCAAUAUGGAGAGUUGAUUUGGGAUCUCUUGGUAUCAGGGGUGAAACCUGAUGACAUAUGUUCACAAGUUGGUUUAUGUUCUUCCAAAAGGAUUCAAUCUAAGAGAUCAGAAAGCCCUGGGAUUGAAAUGGUGACUGAAAAGGAACAGAGUGAGUUGACGGCAAGGGAUACUCCUUUGUGUUCUUCUUGUCAGAUGCUUGUUCUUUGGAUCCAGAAUCAACUAAAACAAAAACAAACAAAGGACAGAGUAUUCAACUAUGUGAAUCAACUGUGUGAGAGCCUGCCAAGUCCAUCUGGAGAGUCAGUGAUAAGCUGUAACAGUCUUUCCAAGAUGCCAAACAUUACAUUCACAAUUGGAGAUAAACCUUUUGUCCUUACACCAGAGCAGUAUAUUUUGAGAACUGGAGAGGGCAUUACAGAAGUCUGCCUUAGUGGGUUUAUUGCUUUUGAUGUUCCUCCUCCACGGGGUCCAUUGUGGAUUCUUGGGGAUGUUUUCAUGAGGGCAUAUCACACUAUAUUUGACUACGGAAAUCUCCAAGUUGGGUUUGCUGAAGCUGCCUAA